CGCGCAGCUCAUACUUAACGUAUUCUUCCGCGCUCAGGAUGUCGAAGAGGCCUGCGGAAAGUCCCUUGGACGGGGAGCUUGAGGUAGUCUCUCCUGCAUCCAAGAAAGCCCGUGUUGAAGAAGAAAUCAACGACAGCGACCUCCGCAACGGCGGCGUGCCUGCGCAGCGAGCUCCCGGUCAGGAAUGGGAACAGCAUGAACGCCAUGGCGAGAAUAUUCUGGCGGCAGCUGACCAGGAGCGCGAAGAACUAGAAGAAGGCGCGCAAGAUAAUCCUGAUUUACCUGAUAUUGAUGAAGACGCCCCUCUCGUUUCCGCCCCGAAGCGCCAGUCGGAGCCGCUGGAAGGCUACAGUGACCUCUACCUCGAUACGGUCAGUCGCGCCGUACUUGAUUUCGAUUUCGAGAAACUAUGCUCCGUUACGCUUUCGAAUAUAAACGUCUACGCAUGUCUUGUUUGCGGGAAAUACUUCCAAGGAAGAGGGCCGAAAUCACACGCAUAUUUCCACGCGCUCGAAGUUGGUCACCAUGUCUUCAUCAAUAUGGAAACGAAGAGAGUUUAUGUCCUUCCGGAGGGAUACGAGGUCAAGAAUAAAAGCUUGGAUGACAUAAAAUACGUCGUUGAUCCUCAUUAUAGCAAAGAUGAGGUUAUGAAGUUAGACAAGGAAGUGCGCGAUGCUUGGGAUCUUCAAGGCAAGCGAUAUAGACCAGGCUUUGUCGGAAUGAAUAAUAUAAAAGCAAACGACUACCUGAAUGUCGUCGUUCAGGUCCUCGCCCAUGUUACACCGAUCCGCAACUUCUUCCUACUCCAUGAGUUCCCUGUCCCGGGGACACCUCAGCUUUCUCUUCGCUUUAGUACAUUGGUCAGAAAGCUAUGGAAUCCGAAGGCGUUUAAAUCCCACGUCUCUCCUCAUGAGCUGCUCCAGGAGAUCGCCCUCCGGUCAUCCAAGCGUUUCACGCUCACCCACCAGUCCGAUCCGGUUGAGUUCCUCUCCUGGUUCUUAAAUCACCUCCACCUCAGCCUGGGAGGUUCCAAAAAGCCGUCAUCCACUCCGACUAGUGUCAUUCAGCAAGCGUUCCAAGGACAUCUGCGGAUUGAGAGUCAGGAAAUCACGGCGCAUUCUGACACCACGAAUGCACGACUUGUGUUCUCUGAAUCCAGCACCACGAAUACUCAAAUCACACCAUUCCUCAUAUUAACUCUCGAUUUGCCACCUACUCCUCUCUUCCAGUCGGCCAAUCGAGAGUCCAUCAUCCCCCAAGUGCCUCUAACAACUCUCCUCAACAAAUACAAUGGCAUCACUGCGUCUGAAAAACGUGCUCACCGUGUCCGACAUCGCCUUCUUCAUCCUCUACCACCUUACCUCCUUUUCCACAUUAAGCGUUUCAGCAAGAACAAAUUCGUCUCGGAACGCAAUCCUACCAUUGUGACCUUCCCUUCUCCCAGGUCUCUGGACAUGUCACCUUACGUCGAGCCAAACCCGAACAUUUGGCCUCCCGGAGAACCCAUCCUAUAUGACCUUGUCGCAAAUAUCAUCUUGGAUGCUACGACUCCUACACAAGGCGCUGGUGAAGAUGACAAAGGAUCAGCUAGUGUCGGUGCAGCUACGGGUGCAGGUGCCGCUAGUGAGAAUGUAUCGUGGCUCGUUCAGCUUCAUGACAAGGCUAUGGCAGCAGUGAAUGCAAGACGAGAAGAACGGGAGCGAAAUGGCGAACCACCGCACCGUGGUCCUGAAUGGCUUGAGAUCCAGGAUCUGUAUGUGAACCGCGCAGAGAGCGAGACACUGUUCACAAAAGAAGGAUACUUGAUGGUUUGGGAAAGGAGAAAAAUCCCAGGAAUGAAGAAAAAGGGAAAGGCGGCCACUAAAUGAGAAUCGGGUUUAUUCUUAAUUUAUCGAGUCGAAAACAGUGUACCGGCGUUGGAGGAAACUAUGCUGUCUCUGCUCAUUGUGGCUCUGCAUAUGUAUGUCCAUGUAACAUAAUAUUAUAUUCAAUUUGCAUCCAGACGGUC